UUACGGCACCGGCGGUGGGGCCCGGAAGGUCUGUCUCUGCCGGGCACAUGGUUUGGGAUCUGCGUUUAUAGAAAGGCUACAGUGAGACUUUAAGGGGCGUUAGUGAAGCACCUACGAGUCUCGAAGCGGUCUCCCCCGUCCCUGGAGUUCGAAAUGCUUUACCUGAUCGGCUUGGGCCUGGGAGAUGCCAAAGACAUCACAGUCAAGGGCCUGGAAGUUGUGAGACGCUGCAGCCGCGUCUAUCUGGAAGCCUACACCUCAGUCCUGACUGUAGGGAAGGACGCCCUGGAGGAGUUUUAUGGAAGAAAGUUGAUUCUUGCUGACAGAGAGGAAGUGGAACAAGAAGCAGAUAAUAUUUUUAAGGAUGCUGAUGUCAGCGAUGUUGCAUUUCUGGUGGUGGGCGAUCCAUUUGGGGCUACAACACACAGUGAUCUUAUUCUGAGAGCCACAAAGUUGGGAAUCCCUUACCAAGUUAUCCACAAUGCCUCCAUAAUGAAUGCUGUAGGCUGCUGUGGUUUACAGUUGUACAAGUUUGGAGAAACAGUUUCUAUUGUUUUUUGGACGGACACUUGGAGACCAGAAAGCUUCUUUGACAAAGUGAAGAAGAAUAGAGAAAAUGGCAUGCACACACUGUGUUUACUUGAUAUCAAAGUGAAGGAGCAGUCUCUGGAGAAUCUCAUCAGGGGAAGAAAGAUCUAUGAACCUCCUCGAUACAUGAGUGUGAACCAGGCAGCCCAGCAGCUUCUAGAAAUUGUUCACAAUCAGAGAGCAUGCGGGGAAGAACCAGCCAUCACCGAGGAGACACUCUGUGUUGGCUUAGCCAGAGUUGGCGCUGAGGACCAGAAAAUUGCAGCAGGCACGUUACAGCAAAUGUGCACAGUGGACCUGGGAGAACCAUUGCAUUCUUUGGUCAUUACAGGAGGCACCUUGCACCCACUGGAGAUGGAAAUGCUAAAUCUUUUCUCCAUACCGGAAUCCCAGAGUAUCAAUGGACUCUGAACAUGGACUUUUUCUGUUGUCUCACAUUAAUUUCAGUUAGAUUGUAUGUGCUCUAUUUAUACGACAAAUUAUGUGGUCUGUUACUUAUCUAGAAAGUGUAACAGAAGUGACCAAGAGGAAGCAAGUUGAACCAACAGUGGUUGGUUUCCUGCAGCAGUUUUCCCCUGUUUCAUCACCAUGCUGUUGCAGUACCUGUUGGCUCCUUGUCAGGGGGCAGACCAAGCUGAAGAAGUAUGGCUGGACGUCCAAAGAUGUAACUUUGAGGAAACUGGAACAUGACUCACAUAAACCCUAUUUUUAAGGGAUAAAAAAGCGCAGAGUAGCAAGUAAAGCAAAUAAAAGAUUGCUAACUGUUCAUUUGUUGUUUUUUAAUCUCCUUUAUAGAAAGGUAGCUGUUGGAACUCAACACACCCUCGUAGUGAAGUGCUACUGCGCAAGCAUUGAGAGCUGGAAUCCCCAGCACUCACAUGAAAAGCCCAGUUUGGCCAUGGACAGCUGGAAGCCUAGCGCUAGGUGCGGGGUACCUUACGUCCGUUCUAUCUUGUUUUCUUUGGAGAUGGUAAACUACGGUUCUGGGUUUUGUAGUUGAAAAGCUCACACCCUCCAGUUGUAACUGUUACAGUGCAUGGUUGUUGAAAGAUACUGGGAGUCACAGAGCAGGCUGAGAAUUCUGCCUGUGUGCCUUUUCCUGCCGAGAUAUUCCCAGACUUCAGUUCAGCAAAGAUAGUGUUGGACUGGCAUGAGAUGGUUAGUCUGUGGAACUGUAGGCUCCAAAGGGAGCUAGAAACGGAAGCAAAUUCAGAUGCUCUAUAGUAAAUGAUUGGUGUGUCCUAAAUUCUCAGCUCACUCCGUAUUGUUUGUAUGUAUAGGAAGAUCCAAAGAUCCAGGUGAAAAGCCAGGCCAAGCCCACCACCCACC